UUUUGAUGUACAUACAACAAAAAGAUAGCAUUUGGUAAGCUAUAUAUACACAAAAAUAAAGAAUGUGUUUGUUUAAAUCCGUUAUUAUCAUGGAACGUUCCUUCUAUUUAAUUGCUUUAGGUUUUCUUUACGCUGCAACUUUAGCAGCAACCGAUGUAGAAAAAGAUGUAACCUUCCGACUUUUUACCACCAAAAACAAAUAUGAUUACAUAAAUGUUGGGUUUGAAGUUCAAAAUCUAACAGCCGCUGGAUUUGACUUCAGUAAAGACACGAAAAUAAUAACCCACGGAUUCUUAAAUAACGGAAGUGGGAUGUCUUGUAUCGCUUUGAGAGAUGCUUUCCUUAAAACACAAGAUGUAAACGUCAUUAUUGUUGACUACGAGAAAAUCUCUACGGAUAUACUUUCAAUGCCUGCAAAAAAAGUUGAAAUGGUUGGAGAACAUUUAGCGAAAUUUCUAGAUGUUUUAAUAUUAAACGGAUAUGAUCGUUUGAAACUUCAUCUUUUGGGUCACAGUUUAGGUGGUCACGUUGUUGGAUAUGCUGCCGCAAAUGCUCACAAUGGAAAAGUAGGCAGAGUUUCUGGUUUAGACCCCGCACUUAUGGUAGGCAUUGACGACCCUCUCACUCCAAAUGCAGCUGAAUACGUCGAUGUCAUCCACACUUGUAGUGGAUCAUAUGGCACUACAACAUCAAUCGGAACUGUCGAUUUUUGGCCGAAUGGGGGUAAAUCCGUCCAACCAAGCUGUGGAAUCUUAGGGGGAGUCACUUGCAGUCAUUACGAAGCAGUUCGAUUUAUGUCUAGAACUAUAAACGAUCCGAAACGUUAUGCCGCUCGAGCUUGUUCAUCUCAAAAAGAUUUCGAAAAUGGAAAAUGUGAUAGUAAUGCAAUUGCUUAUAUGGGAAUUGCUGCUGCUGCUCCAGCUGCAGGAGACUAUUAUAUUACUACUGAAGACGAAGGCGACUUUAUAAACUGAUGACUCAAUCUGUUUACUUUUAUGUAAUUCUAAAAUAAAGUGUAUGUUU